AUGGCACUGCUCCUGCUGAGCCUGGAGCCGAGCCUGGUCUCCGCCCAGGACUUCAACCUCCAGAGAAUCGUGCGGAGAAACCAUGACAUCUCCAAGGUUUUGGGGACCUGGUGUUCUAUUUCCAUGGCCGCAGACGACAUGAGGCAGAUAGAAGAAGACGGGGAUCUGAGGGUCUUCAUGCAGAGUAUCAAAAGCUUAGAAAAUGGUGGCCUGAAGUUCAGCUUCCACUUCAUGUUGCAUACCGAGGGCGUGGAUGUGGCCAUGGUCUGUGAUAAAACAGACAAGAGCAGAGAAUACACCAUCACCUACUUGGGGGAGAACCGGCUACAGGUCUUGGAGGCCGACUACCUGCGGUACGUGACCUUCCGCCUGCGGAACUUCAGGAACAGGACGGAGACGCAAGUGCUGGCGCUCUACGGACGGUUCCCAGAGCUGAAACCCAGCUUCCUGGACAGAUUUGAAAAACUCUGCAAAUCACACGGACUCGGCCCAGAAAAUAUCGUCAACCUCAGCAACAACGGUAGGCCUCACUGCCUUCCAGCCAGCAGCCUGGGCAAGCGAGAAGCUCCAGGGGGCGUCCCCUCAGCCCGGCCUCGGCGGGAGUCCAGGGCCUGGGGCGGGGCGGGGACCCCCGCGAUACCCCGUCUGAGAGGCCGGCUGUCUCCCCAGAUCCUUGUAGAAAGCACAGGAGGGUUACCCCGCCUCCCCCCUCCCCGUCUGAACAGGAGCCAAACUACCCACAUACGCUCCGUAAACGCCUACCCGCCUGCAGUGCAGCUCGAGCGGGGAGCCACCGGGCAGGGCAAGGGGAUGCCCCAGGCUGAGGAGCGGCUGGCGCCACCCCUUCCUCCGCAGGCGAGCACCGCCGGAGACCCUCCCCAUGGCCGGCUGCGCCCGAAACCCCCAGGAUGGGGCAAAGGCUGA